AUGAUCGUCAGUAUGAAUCCCGGAGCUGCCGAGGUCAAGGAUCAGACAGCCGAGAAUCGCCGUUCCCCGAACAAAGCGGCGGCUUCGUCGGUGCUGGCAGAUCUCGGAGUGCUUGCUUACCACGUGCCACCGACAGGCAACUAUCCACCAAAGGCUGUGCCAUGGGAGCCUCAGAGCGGCAUCCAGGACACGAAGCUGAAGCAGAUCCGGGAUGCAAGAGGCUACAACUAUGCAGACAUCAUCACUUGCUCGGAGGAAUGCCUUCCUGACUACCACAACAAGCUGAAAGCAUUCUUCGAGGAGCACAUCCACUCCGACGAGGAGGUUCGGUACAUCCUGAAGGGCAGUGGGUACUUCGACGUGCGUGACACCGAGGAUCAAUGGAUCCGGAUUCAGCUCAACGCGGGAGACUUGAUCGUUCUCCCCGAGGGCAUUUACCACAGGUUUACCAUGGACACGAAGAACUUCACCCAGGCAAUGCGCCUCUUCAAAGGAGUGCCCGUGUGGACUCCGAUCAACCGCCCGGCCGAUGCCCACCUGUCCCGAGAGCGCUACCUGGCCCGUUUCGGGCAUUUCGCCGAGGAGCAGAGGCUAAGAGCCAACAUCGCGGCCUGCUUGAGAAGCUUCUUCCAGCUGGGCUGGUGUGUUGGCUCUUCGGGGGCUAUGGCCGCGCGUGUGGGCAGCGGGUCCCACGCCCCGGUGCUUUCAACACCCAGCGGGGUGCCCAAGGAGCUCCUGGCGGAGGAGGACAUCUUCCUCCUCGCCGGCCCUGGGGGCGCAGGCGAGCAGCUCAAGGAGCCCAGCAAAGCCCUGAAGGUCUCCGACAGCGCGCAGGUCUUCAUGGCCGUCUUCGAGAAAAGGACCGACGUGAGGGCCGUUUGCCACAUCCACUCGGUUUCCUCCGUCCUGGUGGCGGCCAGCACGGACCAGGUCUUGGAGGUGCGAGAGCUGGAGAUGAUCAAAGGCUUCGGGAUCCCUGGCGAUGGGGUCUUGCAAGUGCCUGUGAUAGACAACAAGGCACGGGAGCCGGAGCUGGUGCCGGACCUCCUCAAGGCUCUGGAGCGCGUGCCCAACGCCCCGGCGGUCUUGGUUCGAGGUCACGGCGCCUACGUCUUCGGCAGCACCGCAGAGAAGGCCAAGAUCGCCACCGAGUGCUUGGGCUUCAUCCUGGAUGUCGUGGAGAAGCAGAGGGCCUCAGGGCGCCUGGCUCUGCAGGCGCCGUUGAAGCGUCAACGAACAGGGCCAUCCGUCGUUCUGCUCGAUGUGGAGGGAACCACUACGCCGAUCUCUUUUGUGAAGGAUAAGCUCUUCCCCUUCGCCGCUGCCUCGGUGGAGGGUUGGGCACCCGCUGCCGGACCGGACCUCUCUGAGGUGGUAGCGCAGUUCGAGGCACAGUGUCAGGAGGAUGGUGUGCCCUUUGACACGCUGGCGCCCAUUAAGGAGGUCCGGCGGCUGACGAAGGAGUGGAUCGCAAAGGAUCGCAAGGUGCCUGCCUUGAAGGACCUGCAAGGACGCCUUUGGCGAUCCGGCUACGAACGGGGAGCGCUGCAGGGCGAGAUGUUUGAGGACACGCCCAAAGCAAUGGCUGCCUGGGUGGCGGCCGGGCAGCGCGUGGCGAUCUUCUCUUCGGGCAGCCGAGAGGCGCAGAGGCUGAUCUUUCAGUACUCGGACAAAGGGGAUCUGACUCCCCACAUUGCGGCGUACUUCGAUCCGAAAGCUGCACAGGCUUCGAAACAGGAGGCCAAGGCCUACGUGGAAAUUGCCCUGUCGCUGGGCAUCGCGUGCAGCCAAG